AUGGCAGACUCCCACACGAGCAAGCACUCUUCCCAAUGCCUCGCAGGCCCUUGCCUCGGCCUCAUCGCCCUCGGCCUCUGCGCCUUCGGUGCCUACCUCUGGCCGAUUUCGGGUAACUGCCUCAUGCUCUUCGUCGCCGUCGCCACCCUCAUCGUCACCAUCUGGCUCGUCGUCGCCGAGUACUCUCUACUCCGUAUCUACAACUACUGGGCCGUCCUCGCCCUCGACAUCUUCCUAGUUGUCUUCUGGCUCUGCGCAUUCGCCCUCCUCGCCUCCCAGGCCGCCUUUGUCUUGAGCGACACCGCCUACUGCGAUGUCUACGACUGUUACUCGUCCGAACCAACGGGGCUGUACUUUGUAUUUGCCGCCUGUAUGGCGGCCGCGUCUGCGAUCGGCGGGUUGCAGUUUACAGUGCUGCAUCGUCACCGCAAAGCCGGCCUGCACUGCACCCCGCAGAACUUGCCCGGCACUCGCAACACCACCGCCGACGGAAAGAACACCAUCCAGGCCGCUUACCAGCCUGUCCACACAGCCACCGCGCGCAGCGCUCCGCCAUACGCGCAGCAAGACGGAACGCACAGCAGCACUCAACAGCACCAGCAAAACCAGCCUCAGGCGCAUCAUGGUCAGAUCUACUCCCCUCAGCAUGUGUCAACACUGCCGAGCACACAGCAUGACGGGGCCUUGCAUGUUCAUAUGAACCCUCGAGAGCGGCAUUCCCCUAUGCCCCUGAAUGCGCACGAGGUGGCCGUGCCGCAGCAGUAUUGCUGUCCAGGCGCACAUACAGGUGCAAUGGCAUAA